AAAUUGUGGUGGCGGGGUCUUAACUGGAUGGUAUCCUUGCGAAUUGCAACUAAGCCCACCUUCUCACUGUUCCCAUCACCCAACCGACCCGAGUCGGCCAUCGCCAUCGCCGCCGAAUUAACAACCACCGUCACCGACAUAGCCGCUACAACCACCACAACCGAAUGUCGACCAAAACCCAGCCCUUACCCUUCAAUUAGAUUAACCCACCCUCACAUAAAUAAAUCCCAAAGAACAGCCGACGAAAAUAAGCACCAACGUGGAAGAAGAGCCUGUCAAUGGCCUCACCUCCCUCACCUAAACCCUUCUCCCCACUCACCAACACCGCCUCGCCCUCCAAGAAACCCCAAUCAAUUCCAUGGACCCAUCAAGAAACAAUCAAUCUCAUCCAAGCAUACCAGGAGAAAUGGUAUUCCCUCAUGCGAGGUCCUCUCAAGGCCAACCAGUGGGAAGAGGUCGCCGUUACAGUCGCCGUCCGAUGCGGCUACAAUGAGCCUUCCAAGACCGCCGUCCAGUGCCGCCACAAAAUGGAAAAGCUCCGUCAACGUUAUCGUGCCGAGAACCAACGUCUCACUGCUUUCUCCAGUGGCGGUCGCGUUUGGCAAUACUUUGACCUCAUGGACCAAUUAGAGAAAGGCCCUAUGCCUAUUUCUGCCCAACCCCUUGUGGCAUUCAUGCCGUUUGAUUGUGAUGAUAAUGAGGAGGAAAAUGACGUUGACGUUGAUGAUGAUGAUGAGGAGGAGGAGGAGGAGGAGGAGCAGAUUGAUGAGAGACAGCAGUAUAGCCAGUUAAGGACUACUAAUUAUUUUCUCAACCAGCGACCUGAAAACAAGUAUAAAGUUCCUGAAUUUUCUCGAGGACAAGUAGCUAAGAGGAUACGGAGGAUCGCCGAAGAGGAAGAAGAGGAAGAGGUCGAAGAGAAUGUCGAGGAGGUAAAUGGUGAGAGAAUUGUGAAAGGAAUGGGAUUGGUUUCUGGGUUGGCUGCAGAGAUGAAGGCUUUUGCAGAAAGGUUUAUUGGGAUGGAGAAUUUGAAAAUGGAGAUGAUGAAGGAAACUGAGAGGUGUAGGUUGGAGAUGGAGAAUAAGCGCAUAGAGAUGAUUGUAAAAUCGCAGCAGAGAAUUGUUGAUUCAAUUGGGAAGGCUUUUGGGUUCCCUAAGAGGAUGAAGAUAAGUCCUGAAAUCUAAAUAUUUAAGCGUCUUUCUAUUAUUUUUUUCUUAAGCUGUAAAAUUUCGUUCUUGUCAUUACCACCGUUUUAUAGGGGUUUAUAUAUAUAUAUAUAUAUAUAUAUAUUAAUAAAAUAACAUGCUCACUAUUCUUGAAUAAUUGUUACUGUUAUAAUUAGAUGAAUAUUUUGAGCAUGGAGCCUAAGAGAAAUGAGUUGCAUUAUUGAUGGCUUAUGGUUAAUACACCAUAAUGCAUGCACUAAAGCAUCUUAUUAAUUAACACCGAACCCUGGCAGCUUUUAUAGAAUAUUUUAUGAAGAUGUUUAUUUUUCCAGCGUUAUUUGUUUCCUGCCUGAUUGGAAUUUCUUGUUCUAUUUCAGGAUUUUAGUUUUACAAAUGUCCUGCUGCAAAAGGAGAAUCUUUUUCCUCUUUGAAUAUAAGCUGGUUUUCAAAUUUGAGAUUUAUGUAUACCACAAUUCCAUUUUUGAUUUUAUCUAGGGAUGGAAGUAAAAUGCAAAUGAACCAACAUUUUUGAGCAAAUUCAGCAAGUGUAUAUGUUAACACUUCAUCUUCCUUCUUGUUAAUUGCACUUUUAAAUGAAUAUAAAAUAGUCCAGUAGAUUUAUAAA